GUUUUAAACUCUCAAUGUAUUCAUCUUUCUUCUCUCCAGGUUUGUCUGGUGGCCAUCAUUGGGUUUGUGAUGCUGUGUAUUUCUUACCAGCCGGAUGAGAAGACAUGCAUUCAGUUCUUCAUCAAGGUUGCCUAUUUCCUCCUAAGCGCACUGAGCCUGAACGUCUGCGUGCUGGCCAUGGCGUUCGCCGCCUACUGCUACUCCCAGAUCGUCCGCUUCACCUGCGAGCCCAUCUCCGAGUCAGUUUGCCACUGCAAGCUGGACACGGCGGACCCCCUGAGCCGAACCAUCACCUACCAGAGUGACUGUGGCUUCAUCACCAACACCUUCUACCUCUUCUUGCUGAUCCAGUUCCUCCUCAACUUCCUGGCAGCCGCCGUGGGAUUCGCAGCCUGUUUUGUGAUGUGGAAGGAUCGCUACCAAGUCUUUUACGUGGGCACCCGGAUGCAGUCCCAAGCCACUGUGGGAAGACCCCAACCCAAGGUAUAGGGCCGGGGUCGGCAACCUUAAACACUCAAAAGAGCCACUGGAACCCAUUUCCCACCGAAAAGAAAACACCGGGAGUCACAAAAAUCUUCCAGUGCCUAUUUCCUGAGCAGCCACAAAACUAGCAUAUGUAGUUGAAUUAUAUGUUCUGUUUUCUUCUGAAACUUUUCUUUUCUUGGAUUUACCCACGAUUGGC